AAGCUAUCAGCUGUGAAUGAAAGUGUGGCAUAGUGUCACACAGCCACCGGAAAUGUGUCUUUUUAUCUCGUAAAUUGCCGUUAUGAUUUGAGUCCUGGUCUGCCGAAAUAUCUUUGUGUUAGAGGAACAUCCUUACACCGACGCUAGGUCAUUGGGUCGUAAGCAAGAGCUAGGUUGAUCGAUGUUCUUCUAGUAUACAGUAGCUGCACCAUGGUAGAGAGAGAGGGAGACAUCCCAACGCCCAAGAAGAGGAAGUACCACCACAAUGUGUCACUGUUCCCCGUUUCUGGGGAGGCCCUGCGACGGGAGCGGCUGUCCCUGCCCAUCUACCCCGCACGCAGGAAGAUCAUCCAACAGGUACAGCGACUGGACACCGUCAUUCUCAUCGGUGAGACAGGAAGUGGAAAGACAACUCAGAUUCCUCAGUACCUCAUGGAAGCUGGUUUUGGCAAGAUAGGAACUGUUGCCUGUACCCAGCCCAGGAGGGUGGCGGCUGUAACCGUGGCAACCAGGGUGGCUAAGGAGAGAGGAUGUGAGUUAGGAGCACAGGUUGGCUACUGUGUCCGUUUUGAUGACAUGACCAGUGAGAACACCAGGAUUAAGUACAUGACAGACGGCAUGCUGCUGAGGGAAGCUAUAGGUGAUCCCUUGCUGAAGAGGUACAGUGUGAUCAUCCUGGACGAGGCCCAUGAGAGAACCAUCCAAACCGACAUCCUGUUUGGUGUUGUUAAAGCAGCGCAGAAGAGACGGAAAGAGUCCAACCACCGACCUCUGAAGGUCAUCGUCAUGUCUGCCACUAUGGACGUGGAUCACUUCUCUCAGUACUUCAACAGGGCCCCAGUGCUGUACCUGGAGGGCAGACAGCACCCAGUCAAGGUCAUGUACACCAGGGAGCCGCAGGAGGAUUACAUCUACGCUGCACUGGUCACAGUGUUCCAGAUCCACCAGGAGGUGCCCCCACAGGAGGACGUGCUGGUGUUCCUGACCGGACAGGAGGAGAUCGAGACUCUGGCUCGCACCAUGAGGGACAUCGCGCACCACUGUCCGUCUGACGCGCCCGGUAUGGCAGUACGCCCCCUGUACGCUGCACUCCCGCCUGCAGCACAGCUCAAGGCCUUUGAAGCGGCACCUAGCGGGACCAGGAAGGUUAUUCUUGCCACCAACAUAGCAGAAACAUCAGUGACAAUCAAAGGCAUCAAACACGUGGUGGACACAGCCAUGGUGAAGCAGAGGCUGUUCCGACCCACCAGUGGGCUGGACAGUCUGGUGGUGAAGAAGGUGUCUAAAGCUCAGGCCUGGCAGAGAACAGGAAGGGCAGGUCGAGAGAGUUCCGGGACGUGCUACCGGCUGCUGACAGAGGAAGAGUUUGAUGAGCUGGCCCAGACGACCACCCCGGAGAUCCAGAGAGUGAACCUGGCCAGCGUGGUGCUGCACCUGCUGGCUCUCAGGAUACACGACAUCAUGGAGUUCGACUUCAUGGACAAACCAACCAGAGAGUCCCUUCUGACAGCGAUGCAGCAGCUCCAUCUACUGGGUGCUGUGGAAAAGCAGCAGCAGGUCCAGCUGACCCCCCUGGGCAGACUCAUGGCAGCAUUUCCACUGGACCCCAGGUUUGCCAAGGUCAUCCUGGCUGCCAAGGAACAACACUGCACAGAGGAGAUCCUGACCAUCGUGGCCAUGUUGUCUGUGGACUCUGUCCUCUUCACUCCGGCCAGUAAGCGAGAGAUGGCCGCAGCUGUCAGGAGAAAGUUCAUGUCAGAGGAAGGGGACCACAUCAUGCUGCUCAACAUCUACAGGGCCUUCAAGGCUGUGAAAGGGAACCGGCAGUGGUGCCAGGAAAACUUCAUCAACUCCAGGAACGUCAGUAACGCCAUGGACAUCCGCGGUCAGCUGCGGGACCUGUGUCAGAGACUGCAGAUCCCGCUGGAGUCCGCGGGGCAGGACACGGCGGUCGUCAGGACGUGCCUGGCCAAGGGACUGUUCAUGAACGCCGCCGAGCUGCAGCGCGGAGGGGAGUACAUCACGGUGGAGACGCGACAGCCCGUGGCCAUCCACCCGUCGUCGUGUCUGUUCCAGUGUAAGCCUGCGUACGUCAUUUUCAGCGAGCUGGUCCAGACCACCAAGUGUUACAUGAGAGACUUGAGCGUGGUGGACCAGAGAUGGUUACAGGAGGCAGCACCAAACUACUUCAAACAGGACAGGACUUGAUUCUCAGGCUGAUCACUCAUUAGUCAAUAUGGUGGGAGUGUUCUUUUCUCGUCUCUAAGACCAACUAAUUAUGAACCAUCCAAGAGCAAGUACUGGAAUACUGUAAGAACAGGUAGGAGUCUACUCCCCAAACUACCUCAGUUCAUGGUUAGUUGUAUGUUUCCAUUUACAUUUCACGUUAAUGUACAAAAUGUAAUUGGUUGGUUUCUAUUUAUGGUUUCAUACUUAAAACUAACAGUAUGCAAUGUAAGAAACAUCAAGGCACAUUAAAAUUCAAGGCUACUUUAUCUAAGAUACAUGUAUGUAGGGGUGACAAGGUCCUUAGUACCAUCCAACAAGUAUAUUACAGAGUUGAAUACAUAGCUUACGUGUACAAUAUAUGAAUCACUCUGAUAUCUUGUUAGUCAGUUAUACAAUGUAUGAGUAUAUAUUUACAUUGUACACUAUAAUCUAACAAAUUGGGAAUUGAGACACAACAGACAACAGAAUGCAUGGCGAUGCACCUUUUAUUGGGUGGACAAUUGUUAGCCUACAUUUCAAGAUACACAGAAGUAACUUCCCAAAAGGAUAAUUUUCUUAGAGUAUACAUGACAAGUAUCCAAACUUUAUAAAAAUAGACAAUUUCUUUGUCUCUUAUGACUGACACUGAAGAGGUUGUGAUAUACUGAAGUGCAUCAGCACAUUGUAGGUAGUGACAGUAUUGGUAUUAUUCUCACACAGUGUACAGGUAUAGGUAAGGGAUCGGAGGGGUAGGGAAGACAUCUGAGGCUGCCUAUGUAUGGUACAUAAGUUGUCCGGACGUAAAGAGUCAGAGAUUUGGGAUGAGGAAGGGGGCAUGCAGUGGGAUAAGAGCAGAGUCCAAUCCCGGACCAGACUGUACACCGUGUGAGAGAUCAGAGGAUGGAUGCUAAAAACAGGCAAGAGGGCUGUGAUGGACAGCAGCCAAUCAACUUUCAGACCAACGGUGUUCGGUUGUUCUUCCUAGGAGUUUGAAAAGAGCAGCGACGCAGAGACAUUUCAUGUUACUGGUGUUUUUACUGCCCUCUCCACUGGCCAGUGGAUUGUUUAGUUAAAGUUCUCCCUGAAAAUGAGAGAAUGUUGGCCAUCACAGCCGGCUCUUACACCUGCUUAUUUACAAAGCCAAGCAAAGUUUUUACAACAGACACUUGGAAUUUAUCAACAGUGAUUGUCCCUGUAGUUAACACGCUGUGGUGGAACUCUCACUCCUUGUCAUAUUAGUUGUUGGAAUCAUUCUGUUAGAAGUUCGUUAUCCAUUAUUUCUGGCAGUUCCACAUAUUCCUUGCCUCCUACAUACGAUUAUUACUUUCAUUUACUGGCAAUGUGUUCCUAUAUAAAAGAGAAACUUGUAGAGAUUUAGUAGAAUACAGCUAUCUAGAUACAACGCA